CUGCUCAUUGGGUUUGCGUGCGUUUCACUGAACGGUCGGUCACAGAAACGCUGUGUAGUAAGUCGGAAACUCUAUAGCUCUUCCCAGUAUAUAUAUACACGGUUUUUCCUACAUAGUGCAGAGUGUAAAACCUUAGAACUAUUGUUCAUAAUUAAAAAAAAGUAGAAAUAGAUUAUCUACCCUUACGGGUCUACGGUGGAAUUUUUAUCCAACUAGUGAAUGAUAUUACGGUGCGUGCAGUACGAAUCUGGGUUUUCCAUUUAGCAGCGAUAAGCGGGCCAACGUGGGCAGGCAGCAUCAGAAAGUGGUUUACUGAGAAAAAUCGAUUUGCUGUUUAUUCUCAAUUUUCAGCUAGCGAACGCGAGUGUAGGUCGUGUUUUUUGGGGCACGAGGAAAGUUGCGUACCGUCUCCCAUUGCCACCGAUAGUGGCACCUUUUCUCUGUGGCAAAAGUUCGAUAGGGCUAAUUUGUAGCUCACAAGUGGGCAAUAAUCGCAAGUUUGAGGAAAAACGCCUUCUUGGGUGCGGUGUGUAUGCUAUAAUCCAGUAGAGAAACGAUCCGCCUCACACCCGCCCCCUCCGUUGGGUGGUGGAACAAGUACCCGUGGAAGCGCGAAUCUAAAGGCGAAUCCAAUAAAGGAAGAAGUGUUGCAAUUGGUCAGUGGUUGCGUUCAAUAAAUGGUAUAUUUUUUGCGUGGAGUAAUCAAACCAGCUUACCUUGAGUGUACAGCCGCUGGGAGCCCAAUCGCCGGACGGCAGCCAGGCGAGGUGAGGUGAUGCUAUGCGAAAUUGUUUGCUGAUAGUUUCGGUUGAAGUACACACAACAAAGCAGUUAAUAUAGUUGGAGUGGCACAGAGCGCAAAAAAAAACAGAAACAGAACUCAGACAAAGUGGAUUCGCACCGAGUGGAGGUUGACUGUGUGCAUUCAGUCCAUCUGCAGAGGCACCGAUCUGAUCUGAAACUGGCGGCCAGUAAGGCGCACCACUAGCAACUGUGCACUGUUCAAGGUACACAACCCGCAAUAUUGGAUCCAAUAGCGUCAUCGAAUUCUGCCGUGCGUACAAAAAGGGUUUUUAGAAUUCAAUCCUUUCACGAAAGUAUGAAGAUUAACGCAAGCUCCAAGAUGGCAACCCCGAUAGAAGAAAAAGUCGAUCAGAACUUGAAGACCCGAACCGGUAUGGUUAUGAUAAGCGACGGCAAAAGCAAACCGGAACUGGUCCGAUUACAUCUAUCCAUGGAAAUGAUCACCAUCCAGAAGCAGGACACGUCAACGCCGGCACCCACACCAACCAGUAUUAGUCAUCCUCCAAUAGAGUCUAAGGAACGAAUGGUACAAAUCACCCGGCAAAAGGUCGGCGGUCUAGGCUUAAGCAUAAAGGGUGGAGCCGAGCACAAACUACCCAUACUAAUAUCCAGGAUUUACAAGGACCAAGCAGCGGAUGCAACCGGGCAGCUGUUCGUGGGCGAUGCUAUAAUCAAGGUAAAUGGCGAGUACAUCACCGCUUGCCCGCACGAUGAUGCCGUCAAUAUCCUUCGGAACGCAGGCGAUAUCGUGGUCCUUACCGUGAAGCACUAUCGAGCGGCAACACCUUUCCUACAAAAGCAAUUGAGUCGAGAAACACCGGAAUCCGACAACGACGCAACCUGUGCCGAACUGAAAGCGGACGAGGUUUGGAAAUCGGCAAACAACAGCAGACCAGUUUCCAUUGGCUCAGAACCGGAAAAUCGAUGGACCGAUUUGGUAUCGGUCCCCCUAAUGAUGGCAUACGUGACCCGGUAUAUCUACGGUACAGACAAACUGCGGCCGAACGCAUUCGAGGUGCGAGGCUUGAAUGGAACAACGACCGGAAUCAUCCAUUGUGACGAGCUGGCCAUCCUGAGUCAGUGGCUUAAAUACAUCACCGAUAACAUUGUCGGACUGACCAGCCUACAGAUGAAACUGUACAACCGCAACUUUCCGGUCGGCGAACGAAUCGAGUACAUGGGCUGGAUCAACGAGGGGGUCAUCACCAAUCACAUUUCGUGGCAGAGCUACAAACCCCGCUUUCUCGUGCUAAAGGGCACCGAGGUGAUGCUGUUCGAUGCUCCCCCGCUGAAUGUGGCCGGCCUGCAGAAGGCGACCGUCGCCUACAAGGUGUACCAGACCAUGUUCCGGGUGGUCAAGGAGUCCGAAACGGUCGAUUCGCGGCAGCACUGCUUCCUGCUGCAGAGCUCCGGUCACGAGCCCCGGUAUCUGAGUGUGGAAACACGCCAGGAACUGCUGCGAAUCGAAAACAGCUGGAAUGCCGCCAUUGUCACCAGUGUAAUCAAGUUGGGGCGUAAAACUUUCGCAGUAUCGCACCACGGUAAAACCGGUGGCCUAACACUGGACUGGCAGGCCGGUUUCUCGCUAACGGAAGGAGCCGAUGCCAGCGUGAUCUGGCAGUAUAAAUUCUCCCAGCUGCGGGGCUCCAGUGAUGAUGGCAAAUCCAAACUUAAGCUGCACUUUCAGGACCAUGAGACGCGUUCCAUCGAAACGAAGGAGCUCGAAUGCCAAGUUCUACAAAGUUUGCUCUUUUGCAUGCAUGCAUUUUUAACGGCUAAAGUUGCUUCGGUAGAUCCGGCCUUUUUGAGUUCGAUACAGCAGGCUUGAAUUUGCGCUGAGACUGCCGCAGCCGUUGGCCGCCAAGCCGACGACGACGCCGACGGUGACGACACGGGAAGCAUACUGCAAGUGACUAUUGUAGAGUUGUAAGAGGGUUAAUUAGAGCCCGUCCGACGGAGGAAACAAUCAAAAGUGACGAGAGUUAGUAGAGAUUUUCGACGUUCAUUAGAGUAGCCUAUUUCCACGAAGCAUACACAAAAUCGAAUGAUAUUAGAGUCAGGAGUCGAGUUUUCCAGAAUUGAUACUUUUAAGCAACUGAAGUUGACUGAUUUUCGCAAGUAUAUAUGCUUUAGUCUUAAAAAAUACGGAGAUUUUGUUUGAACCAACCGGAACGAAUUGAACGAAUCAAAACCACUAGAGACCUAUGAAAAAAGAAUGUCUAUAUUUCUUAUGUUAUCGAAGGUGCUAACGAAAUUCGCGUUAAAGAAGAAAAAAGUCUAUAUCGCUACUUCUUCGCCUGCAAACCAGCAUUGAUUUGGUGCAGACAGGAAUGUCCUAAUGUACUAGUUGUUUAGUCAAGAAUCGAAACAGAGCCGAAAAGCAAAUUGUGACGGAACGGUAAUUGCAAACCAAACAGUCGGGAACGAAUUUCACAGUAGCGCCCACAUUAGGCGACUACUCGCGAGGGGGAGGAAAAAUCGCGUCUAGCAGUAAAUAAUUACAUAUAUAAUUAACUAGACGUAGCACUGUGCUGACCAAAGCAUUUACAAUUAUAAGCAGCGGAAUGAGCCAGGUAUGUAAGAGAUAAGCUGUAUUAAGGGGAAAUAAAACCAAUGCUUUUAUGAGUUACUACGAGAGAGAGAGAAAGAGAAUACAUAAACUAUGAGUGACCCCCAUGCAUGCGAUACACAUACCGAACGGAACGGACACGGCAGCGAAAUGAUUAAUUGGGGCUAGAUUAUACUUAUUUUUCUCAAAAUCAUGAGCAGAAGGGAGAAAAUUACUGCCUAACGUUAGGCUAAAAAGCAGAUUCGGAGCAAAUCAGCAAAGCAUAUAGUAAAAGUAGAAGUGGUUUUCAUAUUCGAAGUUGGAAUGUUUCAUUAGUUACCUCUAAUCAAAUCUGAUCUCAUCUCACGCCCACUCAGCCUAUUAAGUAUUAUGAUAUUUGUUUGACGUAGUCUCAAAGAGGUACACAGUUUGUUAGUGAAAAACGAGGACAUACAGUACCAUCUUCUCUUGAGUUAACUGUAUGAGUAUCUUUGCAGAAAAAAGAUAUUAAAAAAAUAAUUACCUUCUGUAGAUUCCGUAAUAAGUUCGUGAUAAAAACAAACAUGGUUGCGCACCUUUAGUCGUCGUACGAUCAAGUUAUGCAGAGGUACUGGGCAAAUAUUUAACCCUUUUCCGCUCAUGGUGACUCUAGAGCACCAAGAAUUAUAAUAAUCAUAUCUUGACAUAAAAUAGUUUGUUGUGCUAACGAUUGUUCCUUAAACUUUUAUAUGCUGCCUCAGAGCAUCACUGGGCAUUUUCUUCAAAAUACUACAGUUGACAGUAAUUUUAGUUAGUCUACAAAGUGUUCAGCUUGAAUUUUCUCGUGAACCUUUAAAUUUUAAUGAUAAACCUUGUGACCGGGAGAGGGUUAACAUGGGCAGAAAUAUACUGAGAACUUCUUCCAGACUUUCAUACUUCAUGCCUACACUAUUUUAAAUCAGAGUGCGUCCUCUUGCUUCAGUCCAUCCAGCGUCACGACAGCAACUGAUGUCCCAUGGCGCGUCUAGCUUUUUUCUACCUUUUUAUAAUCAGCAUAAUUAGUUUCUUCAAAGAACCGUGUUCAUAGCUCGUUUCGCUCAACUGAGUCGUACGCCGCUUUGAAAUCUAUGAACAGAUAAUGCGUGCAAGUCGUCCACCCAGAACUUGUCUAGUAUAUGUCGAAGGAUAUUCACCGAUAAAGGAUUCCGUUAACGGCCUCAAUCUAAAGAACAGAAUACGAGAGCGAAUUUGAAAAAACCGACCGUCAAUCAGGACAUGAUUGUACUGGAAGCUAGCUUUCAAAUAUUAGAGAUUCGAAAGUAGACCAAGACUUAAUUCCCAGUCAACUUUAGGCCGUUACUAUUUGUCGACGCAUCAAUCAAUCGUUACUUUUUCGACUAACCUGCAAUUAUUUAUUACCAGACUACUAAGCCAGCACCAAAGCACAUAAUUUAAUCAAUUUGCACUUCUGCAGUUACCGUGAAAACUUUAGAAAGCUUCACGCUUGCUAUAUUUCACGCCACCUUUUUCUUUCCCGAUGUUGUUUACAGUUUCACACCGAUGACAGCUAGAAUAUUUUCCAAAAAUACCGACAUGUACGGGUCACCGGAAUACCGAUUGUACGUCAAGCAAAGCCUUGGUGCUACAUUUCGAAUCGGAACUCGACCUUCUGUUCAUUUACAUACAGACUUCGCAGCCAACUGUUUAGUGUACAGGACAAUUGCGGGGCUAGCACUACGAUCUUACUGUCACUAACAGUUUCUUCCAAGCCGAGACUCGAACCUACGAUGACUGGCUUGUUAGGCCAGCAUAGAACCAAAGUAGAUAUAUUUUCAUUUCUAUGAAAAUGAAAACAUAUAAACAUAUUUAUCUGAUGAUUCUGUUGAUUUAUAUGGCAUCAGAUAACAAUUAGAAUCAUUGUUAACAAUGAUGCUGAACAUUAAGGCCUUUAUGGAGUCACCACUCGAUUACAAUUUGGUCAUGUUAGAAUUUAUUACAAUUUGGUCAUGUUAGAAUUGAAACGCCAAGAAAGAAAAAAGUUGCUCUAGAUUGGCAAAGUUUCUAUUAGGGUGUUGCCUAUUAGGGUAUUGCCUAUGAGGAUGUUAAUGUCAAAAUGAUAAUAGUUUUUAGUUAUGUGAAAAAAAGCAAAAUAUAACACAAGGGAUGCUACGGAUAUCCGCAUCCGCGAAUGCGGAACAUCCGCAUAAAAAUUGACAUCCGCAUCAACAUCUGCAUCCGUAAUUACAUAUCCGCAUCCGCAUCCGCAUCUGCAGAUGUCUGAAAAAUCACAUCCGUAACAUCCCUGGUUACAAUACAGCCUUACUUACCCACUUCAGCAGCCUAGAGCCGUAUCAAGAAUUUCCCUCCACUCACGUCGGUUCAUCAAUUUCUCAGGUGUCUCGACACUCGCAGAUCCGCUUCAACCUGAUCAAGCCACCUAGCACGUUGAGCCCCUCUGUCUCUGGGGCCUGUGUGGUCCUUGAAGAGAACCGAUAUUACCGCACUAUUUUCCGGCAUCCUUGCGACAUGUGUGGCUCAUCGUCACAAUGACAAUCUUUCCAAGGAGUGCCUGCUGCUAGUGAUUCAUAUACCUGCACCACUCUCCGUUUUCCACCAAAUAUUACUAGCAACACUCUCCAUUCAAAUACGGCCAGUGCGCGUAUAUUCUUCGUCACGGCUUCAAGUCCAUAGAGAACUACUGGUCUAGUCAGGGUUUACAGUGUUGAGAAGUCACCAUUUGUGAUUAGACACACAUACUCAUUAUUCACUAAUAUUUAUCAUAAAUACUUUAGCUACUAACAACCCUUCUUCAUCUUCCUCGUCUUCGUCAUGAUCCAUAUCACUACACUCCGGAGACUACAACUUUUUGAGAUGAGAAGAAUUACGUUGAUAUAUCUGCCCGGCAGGUGUCUCGACGAGAAUAGAGUUUCCUUUUUUUUAAAUACUCGUGCUGACUCUGAAUGAAAAGCUGCAGCCAACUUAUUGGCGGGGAUUCAUCCUGGAUGGCGCAUCAAUGCAUAUACAUAGUUGUAUUCAUCCAGAUCUUUUCUCCAAUCCGAGCGAUUGAGCUCUGCAAUCUGCAGGAGCUUGUGGAUACUGUGGUUCUGGCGCUCUAUCUCACCAUUGGCUUGCGGCCAGCAUGGCGUCGUGUGACUCAACUUCACUCCGAAUUUGCCACAAAACUCCUGCAUUUCUUUCCUUGAAAAGUUCCUAGCGUUGUCUGUUACCAAGAUGCUGGAAAUUCCAGGUCUCAAGAAUAGGGGUCGCAACAUAACGAUUAUGUCUGAAGUUGUAGUUUGCCGUAAUAUCUCGAUGACUCUAUAACGGCUGUAGGGGUGAAUAAUUACUAGUAAUGAUUUUCCAGAAGGUAAUGGUCCAAGCAUAUCGAGAUGAGAAAGUGCUCAUCCAGUCACGAAUAGCCUCUGUGUAAGCGUUCGAUCCAGCAGGCACUGGUUAUUCUCCUUCUCCCACUAAGCUGUCAUGAAUAUCUUGUACAUUUUCACCAGCUAAUGCAGAAAAUAAGCCUUUUUCCUCGAAGCAAGGGCGACAUUAUUAACCUCAGAAAAUACUUCAAAGUUACGCUUCCACUUUUGACGUGGGACACGUCUUUGUUUACUAUACUGGGAUGCAUUCUGUAAAAUUGGAAAUGAAACUGGCAAAUGUUGCGUCAGAUUUCAAACGUUAAUAACAGCAUAACCACAUGAUGGAUAACAAUAACCAAUAUGUUGUUGGAUAGAUAAAAUGUGUAACAAUUUUGUAAUAUGACAGCUAUCACUCUAAUUUCAUUGUUAAGCGGUAAAAUUGAUAAAAAGUUUCAAUGACAAAUUUACGCGGAUAAUGAACCAAUUACAUGCGAUCAUUCCUAGCACAGACGACGUGAAUGGACACCAUCCGUUCCCUGUUUAAUUCUCUGUAUCAAUAUCGAAAAAAAAAUUGACAGAGUCUCCCCGUCCCAAUAGGUCAAUUUAUUUUUGCUUCCAUGAGCUUAGACUAAUGUGAUGUCUCGAAGGUAAAAGUUUUUCUAAAAGUUUGAAACAACCCCCAUCCUUGAACAAUUUCUAAACCUGCUUUCAUAACCUAAUAAAAACUGAUGUCUUGAAAGAAAACAUGCUGGUAAAAGCAACAGUACCAGUGGAGUAAAGAACCGCAGGUCUCUCGUCGUCUAUGAUUGAAGCGGUACUCUUCUAUUCGUACAUUUUAGCGGUACAUUUUUACGCGUACUGCAGCGGUACUAUUCGUACUGCAGCGGUACUAUUCGUAUUGCAGUGGUACACUUUUCUUCAUACAUUUCUAUUCGUGUGCAAUCGAGGAAAAAAUGCAAUGCUGCUGAUAAUGGUGAUUGAAACUUCAUCUAAUGAAUAUGAUUACCAUAAAUUACUCAACAAGAAUUGCAAAUUUUUGCAACGGAUAUUUAUUUAAUUUCAUCUUCGAUAUUCACUAAAUAAUCGUGAUCGGAUAGUAUCGAAUGAAUAAAUUCCCAAAUAUACACAUUUAUAGAAUUGAUUGAUUUAAUCGGAGUUAAAUAAGACAAAACCAACGUAAGUCUUAUCCCGAUCAGUCAAAGAUAUCAGGAUUGUAACAAAUCUUGAUAUUUUGUUACAAACUUUUUUGUAUCAACUUGUGUUCUAAGCUUGGUCUUUUUGAUUUAAAUAUGGUUUAUUUAACACGGCACGAUACAAUUUCAUGUUUAACUGAGCCAUAACUUGGUCUCGUCAAUAGUUGAAAUAUCAAAAUUCCUAUCAAAAUUAUUGACUAAUGAUUACAAAUUAUAGCAAGUUUGUAAGGUUUUUGGCAGAAAAGAUCAGAAUUUGUUAGAAUAUGCGAUACCCGAUCAGUCAAAGAUAUCAGGAUUAUAACAAAUCUUAAUAUUUUUCUACGAACUUUUUGUCUCGUUAAUAGUUCAAAUAUCAAAAUUCCUAUCAAAGUUACUUACUGAUUAUUACAAAUUAAAGCAAGUUUUGUAAGGUUUUCGGCAGAAACGAUUAGAAUUAGUUAGAAUGUACAAUAUUUUGUAAAUUGAAUAACAAAAUUUGUUAUAAAUAUGCUUUAAAAAACACACUUUCAAGCAUUCAAGUAUAUGAUAACAGAAUUUGAUAUAAUUUUGUGCUUUUUAUCAUUCUGCCAUAUCAAGAAUAUUACAAGCUUUAUUAUUUCUAUUAAAUUCAGAUAUAUUUGUGUUACCCGUUGGUUAUAAUCGUUUGAUCGGGUAUUUUGUUAAAUGAAUAUCAAAUUUUGCUAUAAAUACCCUUAUAAAAAACACUCUUUUAAACAUUCAAGUUCAAAUGUAUGAUAACAGAAUUUGAUAUAAUUCUGUACUUAUUAUAAUUCUGGCAUAAUAAGAAUAUUACAGGCUUUGUCAUUUCUAUCAAGUUCAGAUAUAUUUACGAUGGCUGUUUGUUAUAAUCGUUUGAUCGGGAUUGGAUUUCGUUUUUGAGGAUAUAGAGUUAAUUCUGACUUUGACGCAUUAUGAGAAAUUUUUGUUGCUUCUUCUCAGCUAGCUGGCAUCCCGCCAUGUUUCGAGGACUAACAUCUCAGCGUGUGUGUAAACGAGAUAGCAUAUCACCGCCACUUUUCAUACGCAUAACAUAGCAACUGUCAAUGGGGCCCGCAAAUUGCGGAUCCGCAGUGAUGUUAGCUCCUAACGGAGCAAAGCAAAUAAGAUAGAGAUGCCAGCUAGCUGCUUCUUCUACAAGCACGAUAUGCUUGUGCCUUGUCAAAUACAUGUUGUUUGCACAAAAAAACACUGCAGGCAUAAUAUCGCCAAAUAAACGUUAUUCUUUCGAGUGUUGUUGAAUAUAUUUCAAAAAUUUAUUUCUGGGGGAGGCGUACGUACAGUCACUGAGCAAACACGUUGAUUCUGUCUGCGGACUCUGUAUAUUUUGUAACAAAAAAUCCCCACGUCACCCGUCACCAUUUCAUACAACCCUAGGGAUGUAUACCUUGUAGUAUUUCCAUCUCGAACUGAUGUUGGUUGUAUCCUCUGGAUCCCGUUCCUGGACUCAUGAUAAACUCGGUUCAAUGGUAAAUUUUCACUAAGAACGGUAUACGUAUAUUGUUUUCCUACAGUACUCACUCUAGCCAAGAUUAUUUAUUUUGACUUCGUCUUUGCAGCGCAAAUCACUGCUAUAUUCGACCACGAAUUUAAUCAACGCACAAAGCACUUGACAUUAACGGUAUCCGAUCCUCGAUCGCCAAUGCUAUAUUUAGAAAUAUCAAAACUCCGAAUUUAAUCUUUGACCAUAAAACACGUUUCUUUAUUCUUUUUCUUCUUCCCGGAGGUGCAUCAAUGCUUUUACACGUUUAUUGAAACCUAUACAUAACAUUCUCCCUUUUAUAUUUUUGCUUUCGACGCAUUAUUUCUAGUCCAACACUCCUAGCCCCCACUUUCGUAAAGUUUCUCGUAAUAACGUCGAGGUCGUCUGCGAAGCCCAUGAGUUGACUACCUUUCGAUGCCCACUCGUCGGAUUACACCCAAAGGAGCAAUUUUGGACAACGUGCAGGAUAGCUCAUUUCCUUGUGUCAACCCUCUGCGCGCUUCGAAGUGAUAUGUAACACAUCACUCGAUCCAAGGUACUGAUGAACGGAAGUACAAAUAAUCUCAAUGAAUAUCGUGUCCCAACCGCAGUGGGAAUCUUGGUCAUACUAACUGAGAAGGGUUUCCGUAAUCGUCUAUUUUCCCCGUAUCUUAUACGGAGCGGACUACUGACCUAUGGAAUGCUAAGAAUCGCCAGCUACAUCCAAGGCGGUGACCCUAGUAUGCAAAUAUGUUGAAAGCAUCCAACUACAAAUAAUUCAGAAGUAAUUACGAAUUGAAACAACCGGCAUCGCGAACGAAAAGUGUCGGUUUCAUCAUACGAUGAAAAUGGAUCAAGCGGUUCAUUAGAUAGAGGCCCGCUUGUGGCCGUUGCAAAUAAAGGGCAGAUUUAUCAAUUACAGUCUGGUCAAUGUAUAUGCAACAGGUCCCCAAUCAUCGUAUGGAAAAAAAGUGACCAGAAAAUUUCAAAAAAAAAAACCAUAUACAAAAUGUUCACCUGCUCGAAAAAACACCCUGUGCAAAAUUUUAGCUCAAUCGGACUUAAAAUGGGGUGGCGCAAAGCGAUUGAAGUUUGACUUUUUUGAAAACCGAAAAAUCACCCAAUAACAAAUAUUAUAUUCUCAGGAAUUUUUCUAUUGGUAUUCAGUGAAAAGUGAUUUUUUACAUUUUAUACUCAUUUUUACUCAAUACAUAUUAUGAACCACCCUAUGCCGAAUAAAUGAACCACCCUAAUGAAACAUAAUGUAUUCGAUGCUAGUUAUAGGGUAUAUCAUUAUACAAGCUAUUUCGAGAGACUAGUGAUCAAUUUCAAAAGAUAAAUUCUAAACAUUUUGAACUCCGCCUUCCACAAUUGAAAAAACGACUAAGUCCCAGAGAGUAAAUUUUUGCAAAAAAAAAAUUUUUCAGAUGACACCAAUUCUCGACGUUUCAUGCGUUUUUAAGUCAUUUGGCAUCAAAAAAAAAAAUUCGAAAACCGAAAUUUCACGUAUCCCCCCCCCCUUGGGUGAUUUCUCGGUUUUCAAAAAAAUCCAAACUUCAAUCGCUUUGCGCCACCUCAUUUUAAGUCCGAUUGAGCUGAAAUUUCGCACAGGGUGUUUUUUCGAGCAGGUGAACAUUUUGUAUAUGUUUUUUUUUGAAAUUCGAGAUGACCAUUUUGGCUGGCACCCUAAUAUGCAACGACAAAGGACAAACCCGAUAACGUGAAUAAGGGGUUCUAUUAGCUUCAUGAUAAAACAUUGAGAGUGCCCAAAACAUGAUAUAGAGAUCUUCAAACCCAUAGGUUGGACAGAAAUGGUUUUUCCGUCCUGUUAUUGGUAUACACAGCCUCCAUGCUAACAGUUGCAGUGUUGAGAAUGACCUGGUUGAUGAAUUCUGCCGUAGUCAACAGACAAUUAAUCUGUGUGUGUGCACGUAUUUUGCUCAAAGAGAUAUCCCGAAAUACACAUGGCAAUACCCUAAUGGUGAGUCCUGCUCUUAGGUCGAACAUAUUCUGAUUGGCGGAUGGCAUUUCAAAGACGUCAUCGUGACGACCGUAUACAAUUUGAGCUCUUCGAGGAAGAUACGGGUGAACAUUUAGCGGUUGUCAGCUAACGGAGCUGCUGCUGAGAAGGCUUGCGAAUUGAUUAGUGAACUGGUUUGGAUGAGAUCAAGAGAAUUAGGAAAGAGCUCAAAAGCCCCAAAAUAAUUGGAAAGGACGGCAUCCCAGCCGAACUAUUCGAAGUCGGGAGUAAGCAGCUUUCACAUUGCCGUAAACAGAGACUUUCUGUCAUUGGUUCAAAAAUGAAGGUGCUCCGCCGAAUAUUUCGAUUGAAAAAAGUGUUCCGCCGAGUAAAAGACGGGUUUUAGCCAAAAACGCCACGGAGCACGAUUUGAGCACCCCGGUUCUAGAGGAUGAAAUAUCACAUUUCAGACGAAAUGUGCGUGAUGGUAAGGUAAAACAUAGCGUUUCACCUGACAUACCUCGAAGAGUAAACCUUUCUAUUCAAAAAUUUAGCAAUUUUUGUUUUGUGUCCAAUCUUGUUAAAUUUCGUGGCAUAUUUCAAACACUUCGCGAAGCUGUCGAAGGUGGCACGCAUGGAUUCCAUGGGUAUUUCACUCUGGAUGUUCUGGAUAGCCGCUUUAAACUGUUUCAAGUUGGAGAUCUUGUAAUCAGCAAGCUUCGACAUCAUGUAGGACUAGACAAAAAGCCUAUUUGACUGAGAUCUACGGAGCGUGGCGGCUAUUAAUUUUUAUCCAGAAAAUUCGUCAAAUAGUGCCUGCAACAGUCUUUAACCAAGUUCGCUGAAUGGGCUGGUGCACCAUCUUUCGUUUUAUAAUAAACAUUAGUCACUUUCACGCCUUGCAAACUGCUCCUCAAUCCAUUACUAAACCUGCCCUUUGGAAUCGAUGAACACUCCUUUUGGUUCCGAAAUAUUUUCCAUUGCGGCUGCCUACAAUCGAUCAUUUUAUGUAUUGUGUGGCUGCUUCAGGAUAAAUAGUUUCUCAUCAGAAAAAUUAACUUGAAAAUGACCAGCGUGCCGUUGAAGUAUCAUUUUCGCUCAACCGAGUCUGUUUUUCUGAGAGUACUCGAAAACGCCAAGAAUUUUACGCUUCUUGUGGGUCUUACAUCUACGGUCAGUUACCAAAAUAUUGUGAACAUAUCCAAUAGAUAUAUUUAGAUCGGUGGCAAGUUUUUAAAUUGAACGUUACCGGAUACCCUCACGACUUUGACUUGCGACGUUCUUACAGAUCGUGACCCAUGGGAUACUCUACGUUCCUUCACAGAGGAUGUCUUCUUGUACUUUUUGAUGGUUCAGGAAAUGAAAUCUUGAUUUUCACCUCACUAUUUUAGACGUUUGAAUAUUUGGCAAUAGCGGUCACCAGUCAAAAACCGCUUUACUACAUCCCGAAAUUGCUUCAUCGCGAAUCAAGAACACAACACAACUAUCAGGCAACCAACACCAUAUGUAUUUGUGCAUACAUAAAAUAAAAACUCUCACAACUGAAUGAUUCUCAUGGCUCGGUCGUAAGGUUACAGAGUCCACUUUGACAAGUGGGUGGUCGUGAGUUCGAAUCUUAAUAGAAUCAGGCCAUUUGGUUGGCUCCCCAACACAUACCUUUCCUUCGAGCUGAAAUCUACAGUACCACCACAUACAUAAGACAUACGUAACACUCAGGAAGAAGUCUUCCAAAAAAGUUGGUACAAAAUGAACUACUCGAAUGGUACCACACUCUGAAUAAAACCACUAUUUGAGUUGUUUUUUAAGGCAGUGUACCUGCGCCGCCCUGCAUUUGUCUCGUUCCUACUCGAAAAAUGCGGCAUCGAUUUUGUAAAGAACUUUUUGACAGUUUCUUAUGGGAUUUUUUGGGGCUCGAUGAAGCCGAGAAAAAGAAAAUUCAUUUUGUUCAUUAUUGGAACAGUUGGACAGGACGAGAUACGGAGUACUAUGGGGCAACGUGGACCAGAAAAAAAGGCCGGUGUUACGUAUGUCUUAUGUAUGUGGUACCACUGUUGACUUUUCCUAACAAAAAUAAGUCCCUCUUAAAAUAAAACAGGUCUGAGUAACGUAUAAUAGUUAUUUCCAGGGAAUUAUGAUGCAAUAUUGGCUGGAGAAACGAGCUUUCGAUAAGCUUUCUUCCUCUUGAACAAGAUAGUUCCUCCUUAUAGUAAAACUGAUCAGAAAAAUAAUAAUCUUCGUCAAGGAAUUGUAAUUUGCGGUAUUGGCACAGGGAACAAGGUUUCGAUAAGACUCCUUCUUCUUGACAUAAUAAGCCCCAUUUAGAAUAAACCUGGCCAAAGAGUAACUUUAGGUAAGGUCUCUCUCCAGGGAGUUGUAAUUAGGCGAUUUAUUUAUUUACAAAUUUACCAACAGGCAGAUGUUACCCUAGUGGUCACUAAUACAUUAAUACAUUGUAUUACGAAACAUUGAAACAAAUUUAUAUCGAAGGACACGAGCAGAUAGGUGAAAAUCGAAUACUACUGAAACACGGUGAAAAGCUCUUUGAAGACCAAUAAUGGCACUGUUUGCGCUGUAGUUGGUGCGGCGAAACGGAAUAUGCAGUAAUGAUGACCUACGUAAUGCUCUUGAGGGUGCGCUUUUAUUGAUCUGACGAAGGAUAUUCGGACAGUCAAUUGUACCUGUAAGAGUAUCGAAUACAACCAUGGCGCGUGCUGUUUCUCGGCGUAGUUGAAGUGUGUCGAUAUGAAGAAGCUGACAGCGAUCCUCGUAUCGGGUAUUCCGUAUAGGCUGCCUCCAUGGAAGCAAUCGGAGCGCAAAUCGACGCUAGAUGCUUUCGAUGCGGUGAAUAGAAUUGUUAUAGUAAGGAACAUAGACUGGACAGCAGCAUUCCAAACAGGACCGAACCAAUGAAUUGUACAGAGAUACCAAGCAGUGGAUGUUUCUGAAGUCGCGUGUCAUUCGAAGUGCAGAGAAUUAUUCUUUUUAGUGAAAGAAAUCAAUAGGCAUUUGCUAGGAUUAAGUACCAUGCGAUUCAGUUCACACCAGUGUGAAAAUUCAUUUAACUGUUGUUGCAGGAAUAGAGCGUCGCUGUUGCUUUUAAUUUUAAAGAAUAAUUCCAGAUCAUCCGCAAUUGCUAGACGGGGACAUUUUAAUGACUGAAUUAUGUCGUUGAAGUAAAGUAGGAACAUAAGCGGGCACAAAUGGCUGCCUUGUGCAAUUCCUGAAGUUGCAGAGAAAGAUUCAGAUGUCUUAUCGCCAAUUUUUACGCUUAUCGUCCGUCCCGAAAGAUAUGAUUCCAGCCAGCUCAAUAGAUUGCCAGAGAACCCAUACCGAUCCAGUUUCGCAGUAACGUUUGGGAAGAAAUCCAUGUUGCUCCUCCGCGAUGACGUUCUGGCAAUGAGAAUAUAUUGGUCCCAUGACCACUAACUCGAACAAUUUCGAUGUAGCACACAAUGCAGAUAUUCCUCUGUAGUUGUCUAUGUUGCUGCGGAAACAUAAACGCCUGUUUCCAAGCAGAGGAGAAUCGUCCUAAGGCUAUAGAUAGGCAAAAAAGAUACGUAAGAUGAGUUAAUAGUCUGGAAAUACAUUUUUUUUAGUAAUGUGGCGAUAUUGGUAGGAUGGAAAUAGGCUCGGUAUACUAGAGCAGUAAGCUUGAAACGGUGAGGUGAAACUCACACACAAGCACAGAAAUAAAUGAUGAGCGUAUCACUUAUUUCAAUGGUGAUACUGCCAAUAAUAUAAAGUGCGGAGUGCAGAAAACGCUUCCUUGCGGGAACUCGCUUACUGCUUUUACUUCUUUUGCAGCUUGCAAAGUUUGCUGAUGCUCACCUUUUGAUAACAUCUUCGUCAAUUUUUUUUUUUUCAUUUUUUCAAGAAGAACUGACGCGAAUUCUUUUUAUUGACCUUGAGGAUAAAAAUAACCACACCUAUCGCCAGCUGCCGGAAUAUAGCCUAAUAUUAGGCUUGAUUAAUCCGUUGUACUGGUGAAAGAUCGAAGUGAAAGCUUCUGUGAUCCAAUUCAUUCGAAGUUUGUGAAAUAAUUACGCAUGAAAUCUGAGAUUUGACCAAGUGCCACAAAAAUUCGGAUUCGAUCUUUCCAGAGUCCUAUCUUUCGAAAGUGUUCUUGAGACUAUCUGUAUUCUAAUCAAUUCGACUCAUAAGAUCUAGUUUUUGAACAUUUCUUCUAUCGAAGCGCUGCUCAAAGUGAAGUUUAGGACCUUUUUUAUAGUGCUAGUGAAGAUCUAAUAUGCGUUCAUUGAUCUCUCUAUUGCAUGGAUUAACAUGAUUAGCAGUAACUGUUCCAAGCAGGUGUUCAUUCACUGAUGUUUGAACUAAUUAUAGGCAGAUAUAAGCUUCUAAUUUGAUUUCUUAUUUUUGGAUAGCAAAAUAUCGCUUUUCUAUUCGUUAAUCCGAGGCUUUUAUGUGAGAGGUACAGUCAGCUCGUUGAAGAUCUUCUUACUGAGUAAAUUCUGAUUGAUCCUUGGCUUCUGAUCGUAGCAUCGCAUCGAAAAGCCCACCCACAGGACUUCUUACAUAUACAAUUUCAGAUUAAACGCAAGAAGCUAUCACCCAAUAUUUAAUAUCUUGGCUCUGUUGAUGUCUCGAUUAUUUGGGAGAGAAAAGAAGUUAGUUUUUCAUUAAACUUCAGCGCAAAUUUAUCAGCAAGUUCCUGAAAAUAGGUGAAAUUAAUGUUUUGUUCAUAAUAACCGGUAUCAAUUUCAUUGAUCUUCUUAAAUAAAUUAAAUAUACGGUUUAAAGAGAACUGGAACAAAGUUUUUUAAUCAGUGGUAAAUUUCCUUACGUGAGAAUCUCAAAAAAAAAAAAACAAAGGAAUCGAAUUCCAGUUAAACAUCUCGUUGCUGCCACCACCAACACAGACAUUCUCAACUCCUAAUUCAAAACCGUUUUAUCUAGCGCCUAGACUUCGAAUGUUUCAACUUUACCAUCUGGCAGCUAGCCAAAUAGUCCCACCAGAAAAUAUAGAUACGUUUUUAAGGCAAAUCAAAUUAGCUAGAGUAUUACUAGUAACGAGAAAAAUAAGAUACAAAAAAAUAUAAAACAAAUUAAAUGAUAAACUUUGAAGAAUAAACUAGAACGAUAAACUGAAUGGGCACAAAGUAUGAUAACGGAAUAUUACACAACCAUUCGAGUCGGCAGUGGGACAACUGCCUGAAAUCAUCAUCGUCGUCGUCACGGUGAGGAUCAGGACGCAUAUAUUAUAAAUGUAAACAAAGGUAAUGGUUUUAUUCUAAAGCUAGUGAAUUGCUUUCGCAAUACUUUAUAUUGGAAUUGCGUUCGAGUAAUGGUGGAUUAGCGUUCGAAUGGUUUGGUAGUAAAGCAAAUAGCAAGCAAUCAACACUAACCAUUUUGUCGGUUUCUUUUCUAGAUUUAAUACAGCACCACGUCAUACACCUUACUACCUUUCACGCACACUCAUUUGCGCUAGAUUUUUUAGAAGCAAACGGGCAACCAUUUCCGGAAAAAAAAACAACAACAGUCUUCAAACGAAUUGUUACUAAACUAGUAGAUGAAUGUACACUCGUAUUCAAACAAGCAUUUAAAAAUACAUUUUAGAACAAAUUUCCAUGAUUAAAUAGCUAUUGUACUGUUAAAGUUUGACCUUAGUAAGCAAUUUUAUUCGCAUUUAGAUUAGGUCGAGCUAGCGUUGCUGCAUUUACGCUUCCGAAUGUUUUCAAUUGUUCUGGAGUCCUAAAUUCUAAACUAGAUGCCUCAUUUCAUGUGGAAAUUCUUCAAGUAAGUUCAAUCUGACUUGUUCAAAGAGAUAGAGUAUUUAUAUUUAUUGCUACAAAUAAAGGCCAUAUAUUUACACAAAACACUUAUAAGCACCGCAGCAACAUAUACUAUGUGUCAAAAUAGAUACAGUUUAUAUUUCUGUAAUGCACCAAACCGCCGCCGAAAAAAGCCAUCACACACGCAACCUAUAAUACAGCUGCUUCGUAGAGAUGUUUGAUUUGAUUGUAAGUUCGAAAGAAAUCGUCAAUAAACUAUACCAAGAAGUAAUGUCAUAAAAUAAUUUUUUCUCCUGCGAUCAAAUGCUCAAAUCCAUUUUAAAAGCGAUCAACCGAACAAAAAAAACGAAAUCAAAACUUACAGUGAAAAAUAUAUCAGAACCAAAUAUGUACUUGCUAGUUUACAUUGCAUUUACAUUGCAUUUUGUCUCCUUUCUUCUUGCGAAUGUCAACCUAAAAGGUGGCAAUCGUUUCUACUUCAGUUUAUGUUCGAACAAUUUCCGUCUCAUAUGAUACACAUCCCAACCGAGGAAUUCCUGAAACGUAUCUACAUUAGGGCAGCAGAGCAGACAUAAAGCAGUUAGAAUAAUGGUUAAUGUUAAUAUUUCGAGAAAAAAACUACGUAUCUUUCACUUCACUGAAGAUCCGCUCACGUAAACCGAGAACCAGUAUAAACUCUCCCAGUAAUGAUUUUCGGGUUUCUUUUAUCUCUACUGAAACAUUCCGAACUUACUUGAGGAGAGAAUGCCUCAGUAUAUGAUACUAUAAUAAAUAGCUUCAAGCUGUAGUAGCAACUAAGAACGUGAAUCAAAUUAUUAAACGUGGAAAACGGUAGAAAGCUGAAAAAAUAUAACAUUCUCAAGUUGGUGAGAAAAAAAUUUUCAACCCAAUCUCAAAAUUUAUCCUGAUCGGAAACUUUGCUAAAUGAUACUCAUUUGGACUCUUAAAGUGUUCUUGGUCUGAAAAAAAAGGAAUUCGCGAAAAAAAAAACAGUUUUCAAAAAUUUGAUCGACUGACUGAGCGAAAUCUGUGUACUAUUACUAUGAAUAAAGGACAGUGAUUAUAUGUUUUCACCUGGGAGGUAAAAAAAAACAACAAAAACUGUGACCGUUAUACCAAAUGUAAGAAAAUAUUAAGAAUCAUUGGCAUCAGAAUCGAAUCUAGCUAUUAGGCAAAAGUUAUUAAAAUGCAAAUUUCGGAAUUAAAAAUAAACUAGAUAAAAAAUAAUAUCAACAAACGCAUCCAACCGUA